AAUACCUUGUUCGACUGGUGGUAUGAAUAUGAUAAGGAUAACUAUCGCAUGUGGAUGGGCUACAAUGCAAACAUUUGUGUGACUAAUCCCAAACAUUUGGAGGUCAUAAUGAACAGCAACACUCUAAUAAAAAAAUCGGAUAUUUACAAUAUGUUGUAUCCUUGGCUGGGCGAAGGACUGCUCACGAGCUCCGGCAGCAAAUGGCAUAAGCACCGCAAGAUGUUAACGCCCGCCUUCCACUUUAAUAUCCUCCAAGAUUUUCACCAAGUCAUGAAUGAGAACUCAACCAAAUUUAUCAAGCGACUCAAGAAAGUAUCGGCUGGUGACAGUAUUAUAGAUUUCCAGGAUGAAACACAUUACUUAACGUUGGACGUUAUCUGCGACACAGCGAUGGGUGUACCCAUUAAUGCCAUAGAAAAACGUGAUACAGUAGAGGUUGUAAAGGCCUUUAAAGAUAUGUGUUAUAACUUGAACAUGCGGGCGUUCCAUCCCUUCAAGCGUUCCGAGCUGCUUUAUCGCCUAGCUCCCGAUUAUGCCGCCAAUGCGAAGACUCUGAAAACUUUACAAGACUUCACCAACGAAAUAAUUGAGAAGCGCAUUGAGGCUCAUCGCACGGGUAUCGCCAAGAAGACGGAAGACAACGAAUUCUCCCGUAAGAAGAUGGCUUUUCUGGAUACCCUUCUUUCGUCUACCAUUGAUGGACGUCCAUUGAAUCAGCAGGAGAUAUACGAAGAGGUCUCCACAUUUAUGUUCGAGGGACACGACACAACGACGUCGGGCGUGGCAUUUGCUGGCUACUUACUAUCCAGGUUGCCGGAGGAGCAGCGUAAGCUAUUUGAGGAACAGCGAGUUGUCAUGGGCAAUGAGCUUCAUCGGGAUGCUAAAUUCCAGGAAAUCGCUGAGAUGAAAUAACUGGACUUGUUCAUUAAGGAGGCGCAGAGAGUCUAUCCCAGUGUUCCCUUCAUCGGUCGAUACACUGAGAAAGAUUAUGUGAUACAUGGUACCACAAUACCUAAGGGCACCGCUCUAACUCUAGUACUUAUUAUUCUGGGCUAUGACGAUCGGACUUUUAAGAAACCACAUCGUUUCUAUCCGGAACGUUUCGAGGUAGAAAAACGCGGGCCCUUUGAGUAUUUUCCCUUUAGCGCAGGUCCACGCAAUUGCAUUGGACAAAAGUUUGCACUGCUGGAGAUCAAGACUGUGAUAUCGAAGCUUGUGCGAACCUUUGAAAUAUUGCUCGCUGUGGAUGAGCUUGUUUCCAAGGAUGGCUAUCUUAACACCUAUUUGGGCCUGCCCAAGACGGAGAAGGAAAAGAAAGAGAAACUGGGUCACAAAUACGAUCCCAUCUUGUCUGCCGUUUUGACCUUAAAAUCAGAGAAUGGUCUACAUCUCCGACUGCAUUAUCCAAAUCGUUUAAAAAUGUGGUUUAUUUUGUAUGCGUUUCUGGCAUUGCCAUUGCUUAUAUUUGCGUAUUUUGAACUGAGGGUUGCUAAAAAGAAACGCGCGCUGAACAAAAUAAAGGGCCCGCCCACAGUGCCGCUUCUUGGCAAUGCCCACCAAGUGGGCAAAAAUCCGGCGGAAAUCCUAAACACUUUCUUCGAAUGGUGGCACAAAUAUGAUAAGGAUAACUUUCGCAUAUGGAUAGGCUAUUAUGCCAACAUUUUGGUAACUAAUCCCAAACAUUUGGAGGUAAUAAUGAACAGCAACACUCUAAUAAAAAAAUCGGAUAUUUACGAUAUGUUGUAUCCUUGGCUGGGCGAAGGACUGCUCACGAGCUCCGGCAGCAAAUGGCAUAAGCACCGCAAGAUGAUAACGCCCGCCUUCCACUUUAAUAUACUCCAAGAUUUUCACCAAGUCAUGAAUGAGAACUCAACCAAAUUUAUCAAGCGACUCAAGAAAGUAUCGGCUGGUGACAGUAUUAUAGAUUUCCAGGAUGAAACACAUUACUUAACGUUGGACGUUAUCUGCGACACAGCGAUGGGUGUACCCAUUAAUGCCAUAGAAAAACGUGAUACAGUAGAGGUUGUAAAGGCCUUUAAAGAUAUGUGUUAUAACUUGAACAUGCGGGCGUUCCAUCCCUUCAAGCGUUCCGAGCUGCUUUAUCGCCUAGCUCCCGAUUAUGCCGCUAAUGCGAAGACUCUGAAAACUUUACAAGACUUCACCAACGAAAUAAUUGAGAAGCGCAUUGAGGCUCAUCGCACGGGUAUCGCCAAGAAGACGGAAGACAACGAAUUCUCCCGUAAGAAGAUGGCAUUUCUGGAUACCCUUCUUUCGUCUACCAUUGAUGGACGUCCAUUGAAUCAGCAGGAGAUAUACGAAGAGGUCUCCACAUUUAUGUUCGAGGGACACGACACAACGACGUCGGGCGUGGCAUUUGCUGGCUACUUACUAUCCAGGUUUCCGGAGGAGCAGCGUAAGCUAUUUGAGGAACAGCGAGUUGUCAUGGGCAAUGAGCUUCAUCGGGAUGCCACAUUCCAAGAAAUCGCUGAGAUGAAAUACCUGGACUUGUUCAUUAAGGAGGCGCAGAGAGUCUAUCCCAGUGUUCCCUUCAUCGGUCGAUACACUGAGAAAGAUUAUGUGAUACAUGGCACCACAAUGCCUAAGGGCACCACUCUAAAUCUAGCACUUAUUAUUCUGGGCUAUGACGAUCGGACUUUUAAGGAACCACAUCGUUUCUAUCCGGAACGUUUCGAGGUAGAAAAACCCGGGCCCUUUGAGUAUUUGCCCUUUAGCGCAGGUCCACGCAAUUGCAUUGGACAAAAGUUUGCACUGCUGGAGAUCAAGACUGUGAUAUCGAAGCUUGUGCGAACCUUUGAAAUAUUGCCCGCUGUGGAUGAGCUUGUUUCCAAGGAUGGCUAUCUGAACACUUAUGUGGGUCUUCCCAAGGCGGAAAAGGAAAAGAAGGAGAGCCAAGGUCACAGAUACGAUCCCAUCUUGUCUGCCGUUUUGACCUUAAAAUCAGAGAAUGGUCUUCAUCUCCGUUUGCGGGAAAGAAAAUAG